AUGCCUAGCGAUCACUUUCUCUGUUCCGACAGGUUCUCCUCUCUGGUUGGACAGCUCAUGAUUCAACAUCAUGUGCCAGGUCUUUCCAUCGCGACAGUUCAAGACCAGAAAAUUCGUUCCGUUGGAUACGGCCAUGCCUGUCUUACACGGUCAACACCAUGCACAGCAGACACACUUUUCGACAUCGCCUCGUCCGCCAAAUCAUUGACUGCUGCGGCUGUUGGUUUGCUGGUCGUCGACAAUCAGAGCUAUCCUGAGGUGCAGUGGGAUGCUACCAUGUCCAGUCUCCUGCCAAAUGAUUUUGUCAUGUCUGGAACUGGAUAUACCGAGGGUGUCACCGUGGAAGAUAUCCUGAGCCACAGAAGUGGCAUGGCUGCUCAUGACAGUUCCUAUAUGGGCCAUCGAGCAGUCAGACCAGAUAACGCACAAUCCAUCACACGGAACCUACGGAAUCUACCUGUAGCGGCACCUAUUCGAGCACGGUAUCUUUACUGCAACAUGAUGUACACAGUAGCUACGUACCUUGUGGAGGUCAAAAGCACUCAGAGCUUUGGACAGUUCCUCCAGCAUCGCAUUUUCCAGCCACUCGGGAUGCAAUCGACGAGCCUGCAGCCAGGAAGUGCACGAAGCAAAGUGUUAGGUGAUCGUAUCGCCUCUGGGUACUACUGGCAAAAGGCAGAAUCGACAUAUUAUGAAGUUCAGAGCUCAGAUUGCGAGGAAGGCCAAGGCGCUGGCUCGAUCAUCUCAAGUGUAGGUGACUUCAUCAAGUGGAUUAAAGCAUUGCUCAAUCGGGAGAAUCCGAUAAGUGAGAGACUCUACCAAGGUCUUGUCCGAGGGAGAAGCCUGAAAAAUCCAAACGCGAGGAGGCUAAAGCCGUACUCGUCUCCAGCGAUAUAUGCUGCAGGUCUAGAAGUACAUUACUAUCGAGGAUGUAUGGUCGUAGGACACGACGGCAACAUCGCCGGUUUUGCAAGUCGAUUCUUAUUCUUGCCUGAUUUCAAAUUCGGCGCUGUUAUAUUUGCAAAUUCCAGCAAUGCAGGGCCUGUCACUUCCAUUUUAGCCCGUGAGUUUAUGGAUCAUAUCCUUCAGGUGCCUGAAAUCGAGCGGCCACGCCAUAAAUUUAAGACGACAGCGAAUACCCCUACCACUGCUAAACCUUUGGUUGUCGCAUCUGAUUUUUAUCACUCACCGAACCACCAGGGUACAGAAACGCACAAGAAUACAGCCAAGAAUCAAAGUCAAGCCCGAAAGAAAAACAAGGUACAACAGAAAUCAGAUCAUCCCGGAGGAGUUGUUCAGACGCAGAAAACACCACUCGAGGCCUACACAGGCGUCUAUUCUCAUCCGGGUUAUCAUGCUUUGGUCGUUCAGAUUAAAGACGGCAAUAUUUUCAUCGAUGCCACAGAUCGUUCAAUGGGAUUUACUCUCACUUUCGAGCAUGUUAGUGACCAGACAAAGUAUAUCGCUCAUCUGAGCGAUCUAGUAGAAGGUGGCGACGACCCUAUCAAAGCGGAAUUCAUCCUUGAAGGUGCCCAGGCAGUUAAGAUGGGAUUAAAUCUUGAACCAGCACUAAUGGAGUUGAUUUGGUUCGAGAAACAUGAAGUGAGACGAGGAUGA